AUAAUCAGAGCGGAACCUCUCCAGUUUCCACAAUCUCGCACUUUGAUUUCUCUCUCUCAUGGCCCAAGCAGCGAGGUUGUGUCUGAGAUUGCAAAAAGAACUCAAGCUACUCCUCUCCGACCCGCCUCCUGGCGCGUCGUUCCCACGCCUCUCCUCCGCCGCCGCAGGCUCCGGCGAUAUCUCUGUCCUGUCCACCAUUGAUGCUCAGAUCGAAGGUCCUGAAGGCACGGUAUACGCUAAUGGAAUCUUCAAUCUGAAGAUUCAAAUACCUGAUAGAUACCCAUUUCAGCCUCCGAUUGUGACCUUUUCUACGCCGAUUUACCACCCAAACAUUGAUAGCGGUGGUCGAAUUUGCCUCGACAUCCUUAAUCUUCCUCCUAAGGGUGCUUGGCAACCAUCUUUGAAUAUCUCAACUGUGUUGACAAGUAUAGGAUUGUUGCUGAGUGAGCCAAACCCGGAUGAUGGAUUGAUGUGCGAUGCGAGUAGGGAGUACAAAUACAAUAAACAAGCUUUUGAUCAGAAGGCACGGGCUAUGACCGAGCAGUAUGCAAAGGUUGAAGUGGCUGGAAGCAGUGUCUGCAGCCAAAUUCAGAACAGUCCCAAUACAGGCAGUGUUAAAAUUCAUGGAGGUGGGAAUGCUUCUGAAACAAAGGACAACAAUCCGGCUGAUGGUCACCCAAAGCCAGGCGAGUUUUCAGUGGGAUUCUCGAGCAUAAACCGUACACAAAACUUCCAUAUGACAGCAGAUGACGUACAAGAUCACCAAACUUUUCUCUCAGAUUCUGGACACCAAGCACAUUCAAAUGGGAAAAGAAAAGCAGCUAUAGGUGCAUGUGAUCUAGGUAACAACAGGGUACAAACGAGCAGGAGAAAACUUUCUCUUGCUUUGUCUGCCCAAGUUCAGAAGAAGGAUAAUUCUGGCAACGAACUGUCCACACACGACAUGAACUCAGGUUCUAAUCUAUCUCCAGGUAUCCAGAAAGAGACAGUUGGUUCCUCAGGUAUGUCUUUACCUAUGCAUCAAAGACGAUCAAACACACAUGGAGAUUCAGCUACCCGUGUAGAACAUAAUCCAGUAGUCAAGAAGCUUUCGCUGGGAUUGAAAUGUUUGUCCGUAAAACGAGGAAGAGAAGGCAGCGAAAACGGGAACGCAGCCUCAAAGGCACAAACUUUUGGUGCAAAAAGUGACGACAUCAUUAGCCAGAAACUGUGCUUGAGACCUCUAGGAUUGUUGCAGAUGAACAACGCUGGUAAUGACAGGCUCCUUGGUCGAAAUGUGAGCAUCUCCAGCGAGGAAACAGGAUCGAAUCGAAAGCAAUAUUGUAAAAGUUUGUGUGGAGAUUUCUCGGACCGGGUUUUGGAAGAAACAUCGAUGGUGGCUGAAGACAGUGUUGUUCUAGAUAGUGAUGAUAGUGCAGAAGAAGAAGAAGAGACAGGCUCUUCAAGGUGUAGACUAUCAUUGACAAGGAGAAGAAAUGGAAAGCAGAGAUUAAGAGCUUGAAUUCAAACACUUCAACACUGAACCAUGUUUUGAGCUUUGAUUUCGGUUUACACCUUAGUAUAUUGGAAUGUCCCCAGAUGCGGGUUUAACUAAAUCGAACAAAACGGAUUCAAUUUUAAUUUGGUUCGAGUUUUUCUCGGUCAAGCCAAUUGGAAUAUGGCAUGAGCUGGUUCAACUAAAAUAU